AUGGAAAACAUCCAAUUGAAGCAACAAUUGGACGUGUUGGAAAAGGAUAAAACAGAGGUCGUUGAACCUGAGACCGACAUUCAGAUCCAACUUAUCGAAAAAGAUUCGUUGAUUCAUCGACUUCGAGAAGGGAUACAAAAUCUUGGCUUUACUCAAGGAAGUAAAGAAUUAAAUUCGAAUUCCCCGGAAGUUGUGAUCCCAAGAAGAAUUGAGGUCGAGGAUAAUCCG